CGUUUUCCCAGGCUUUCAAAGGAAAUCAUUCUGAGAUAGGAUGCUAUUAUGCUUCUUUUUUUAUUUUAUAAUAAUUGCUCAAGGAAAGAACAGGGGUCAUAGACAACAUCUUAUUUAGGGAGCGGAAAUGAAAAACGUUGUUCCACUUCCCCUUUAGUCUAUAGGAAAUCAGCUUUCACCGGCCACAACGUCCGGUUGAAAUUCAAAUCGCUACUUAGCUAAAAAAUGACAACAAAUGCUGAUUAAACAUCUAGCGACUUUCAUGACAAACGAUAUCUGAUAGAAGUGUAGACAGCACCAGCUACGCAAGUAUUGUACCAAGUGGGAAGCCCUAAGUAGUUCACAAGACCUCCUAGGAAGUGAGCUGGAAGGAAAGAAAGGAGGAGCCAGGUUGCAAGAAAACAGAUGAAAAAAGAAGCAACCAUGUCAGAAGAAGGGGCAACAAUGUCAGAAGAGGGGGCAACAAUGUUGGAUGAAGGGGCAACGGCGUCGGAAGAAGGGGAAGGGGCAACGGCAUCGGAAGAAGGGGAAGGGGCAACGGCUUUGGAAGAAGGGGCAACGGCUUUGGAAGAAGGGGCAACGGCUUUGGAAGAAGGGGCAACGGCUUUGGAAGAAGGGGCAACGGCUUCGGAAGAAGGGGCAACGGCUUUGGAAGAAGGGGCAAUGGCUUCGGAAGAAGGGGCAAUGGAUGCCACUGGUAGUGAAGAGGAGUCCGAUGAAGCCUUGUCUAAUGGCAGCUCCAUACCACCUAAUAGGGGAAGGGGUAGGCCCAAAGGAUCAGGCUCCAAGAAACCUAAGAUACUGAGGGUACUAGACAAGCAGCCACGGGGCAGGCCACGUAAAGUGGUUGACCCUAAUGCUGUUUCAGCAGAGACAACUGCACCUUUGAAGCGUGGCCGGCCCAAAAAAGUUCAGCAAAAAAAAAAAAUGGGUAGGCCGAGGAAGUACCGGCUGUCACCCGAGGAGGAAGAGGAGAGAGAGAUACUGAAAAGCCAACCUAAGGGACCUAGAGUGUGGAAGCCACUCGGAAGGCCGCGCAUCCAUCCCCGCAUGGAUCCCCCCGCCACACCCACCUCUGCCGAGCCACGGAGAAGAGGCCGUCCACUCAAGGUAUCAACAGGUAGAGGUGCCCACUUACGGAAGAACCCACCUCCAACUUCUAAAGUUUCAAAGCCCCCCGCUAAAGAUGAUUCCCCGCGAAAGAGUGGCCGCCCCUUAGGCUCCUUCAACGCCAAGAGAGCAGCAGAGACUGAUGGGUCCAACAGUUCGCCCUCAGCCAAACAGGGUUGCACUGUUUCUCCAAUAGUAAGGCUUUACCGCUGCUCCAACGGUAAAGCCAAUGUGUUCGAUGAAGCUGCCUUCCAAGCCCAGAGGCAAAAAGGCAGGAGAAAGACUGUGAACGUUGAUUAUACAGGAGGAAAAUGAAGAUACACAGAGAAAUGAGGAUGAAGUUUUUCUCUAGUAGAAGAUGACGAAGAAGAGGAAAUUAAACCAC